AUUAGGUGUAAAUGUAACACAAAAAUAUACAUAUAAAGAGCAGUGUAGUUGUUAUUUCGAUGAAAAUAGAAGAAUGGGUUCGACCGGAAAGGAAACCAGAAGAUAGUGAACGCACCUACAGUGACGCAAUUCAAACGUAAACGACAAAUUAAUUAAACAUCAAUGUACAAGUUAUCAAUGAGACGUUUACAAACAUUCAUAUUAACCGUGUUGAUGCAAUGUGUUCUGAAAUGGAAGAAAGCGGUCUAGCUGUGACGCGUGCACGCCGGCCACAACAUUUAGGGGCACCGGCGCAAAAUGAGGAGCGAAUGAUUUGGGGCCCAAGACAUGACGCGAGGGCGGUGAGGAUGAAAUGAAGUUGACAACAUUUAGGUGCACCUGCGCAUAAUGAGGAGCGAAUGUUUCGGAGCCCAAGACAUGACGCAAGGGUGGUGAGGAUGAAAUGGAAGUUGAGGCCACGAGAAACAACCAGGUGCUGUGCAGGCGCUGCAAACCAAGCUGGAGGAGCGCGGCAGUGGCGGCGUCUGUGGCCGGCGGGCUGUGUGCUGUUCCCUUCGCUCAGGUUCCGAGUCUCACUCACGAGUCUCUGAUCAGACGAGCGGCCUCGCUAGUGACGGACAGCUCCGGCACCUUCCUGUCGCAGACCACCUUAGCGCUCAUAGAUGCCAUCACCGAGUAUUCAAAGGCUGUGCAGACACUGGUCACGCUCCAAAAGCGCUACCUGGCCUCGCUGGGGAAGCUGAGCCAGGCGGAGGAGGACUCCGUCUGGCAGGUGAUGAUUGGCCAGCGAGCGGAGGUCAACGACAGACAAGAGGAGUGCAAGCGUUUCGAGGCGGUGUGGGUCAGCGCCCUCCGCUUGUGUGAAACGGCAGCGGAGGCGGCGCACACUUCAGGCGCGGAGCACGCGUCCAUCACCAUGCAGACCAACAUACAGGUCGCCCGCUCCCAAGCCGAGGAGGCCAGAAAGUUUUCCAGAGACGCCGACAAGAAGCUGCUGGAGGCCAAAGCCCUGGAGGUCCAGGCAAGCGCCCAGCGCACCUCUGCUCUGGAGCAGAGCGAGGAGGACGUGCCCGAAGCGUACCUCAGGGAGGACUGAGGAGAUGACCGCAAAAUGGGAUCGGAGAAUAACCAUUCAACUCUACUGGGCUGUGAAGGAACCGGUACGUGUCGAUGCAAAUCUGGAUUGCCUUGGUGGAGGUCUUUGGAAAUUUACGAGUUUCUUCCACGCAAUUGCUAACUUUCAUUAUGUUCUGACCUUUGCGGAGGUCUCUGCACUGUUUGUCAUAUUCAGCGAGUCUUUCUUGUCAACUUUGCUGUGAUUACUUUGUUCCUUUUUGCCAACAUUUAAUAAAAGCGCACUAAAGAUUU